UACUAUAAGUAGAGAGCAUAAUAUCUCACUGCCGCAAUUAUCUCGACCUAUACACAAAGUUCGGACUAGACUUCAGGGGAGUUUUUCAUACUUUUGAACGUUUGCGUCUUUUCGAAAUGAGAACCCGACAUUGAGUCUGCCCAAGAGCUCUUGAAUCCUCCAUUGUUGUUUUAUAAUCUGUUCUGACAAUACUCGAUCAUCUUGAAUUUCUCAUCGUUACAUCACAGUCAUGAUGAAAUCCUCUCUGGUGGCUGUUCUCGGUCUGGCGACCAUGGGGCUGGCCGCUGACGGGUUUGUCAAGAUGAAUCUGCAUAGGGACCCGAUGCAGCAAAGCAAGAGUAUGUUGGCGCGCAGACAGGCUGAUACACUCGAAGAAGACGUCACUCUGGCUAUACAAGGGUCAGCUUACUGGUUGGAUCUCACCAUUGGGACACCGCCUCAAAAGUUCAAGCUCCAACUCGACACGGGCAGCAGUGACCUUUGGGUCCCUGCGGCGAAUGCAACCGCUUGCGUCAGGCACCACCGCACCAGUUGUCCAGGCGGUGCGUUCAAUGUCAACAAAUCGACCACGGCUGAAAUCACCAUCCCGUGGCAAUGGGAAGUAGCGUACGGAGAUGGGACCGCCGACGGCGGCGACUACUUCACCGAUGUUGUGGUCAUCGGCAACGACACAAUCGAGGCUGGUGUCAUGCAGCUCGGCCUGGCCAUGAUCACUGUCGAUGGUCCCGUUGUCCAGAAUGACGGCCAUGGUCUUGUCGGAGUCGGGUACUCCAGCUUACAGUCGGGUGUGAUGACUGGCAUAUUCGAGGCAGACAAGGCGCCACCGACCCUUCCCGGAGCGCUGGUAAAGGCCGGCGCCAUCGACCGAGAAGCCUACAGCCUGUACCUGAACGACUUUCAAAGUGGCGAGGGUGCGGUGCUGUUUGGAGGCGUGGACUCUAGCAAGUACACCGGCGAACUCGUGGCUCUCCCCAUCCUUCCCACGCCAGACAAUUUCUCGGACUACACGCGCUUUGAGAUUGCUUUGACCGGAAUCUCUCUGACUGACGCGAAUGGGACACAUAAACUGACAGACGAUGACUUUGCCGUGUCCGCGCUCAUCGACAGUGGCACCGUCUCCCAGACGCUCCCGAAGUCGGUCUACAAUGCAAUCCUCGCGGGGCUCGGGGCCAGCAACGACCCUUACUUUGGUGUGCCGGCCGUCCCUUGCGUGUAUGGGGACGCGAACAUCUACAUUACAUAUAGUUUUGGAGGUCCAGGUGGCCCCUCGAUCGACGUACAACUGUCGGAACUACUUGGCCCCGGGCAACCCGACACGACGUUUUACGAAGAUGGCACCCCGGCCUGCCCUGUUUUCAUACUGGAGGAAACCGAGGAACUCGGUUACAUCUUGGGCGACUCGUUCAUGCGUUCGGGGUAUUUUGUCUACGAUCUCGAGAACAACAUGAUGGCCAUUGCGCAGGCUCGUCUCAACUCGACCGAACCCGAGAAGAUCGUCGCCUUCUCCAGCGGAACGGGUAUCCCCGGAGCGACUUCGACAAACACAUUCACAGAUGUACCGACGCCGAGUGCCGGUGGCGCUGAGCAGCCGGGAGCGAAGACCACUGCCGCAGCUUCAGCGACUGCCACUUCACGUGUGCCUAUAGGUUCUCCAACUUUCGCCCUUGGUAGCGUAACCAGCGAGCUCGGUGCUUCAAAGACAGGCUCCUCAUCAUCGGGCAAACAGAAUUCGGCGUCAAGUACUCUUGUGUCCACAUGGGCUGCAGUCGCCGGUGUUGUCAUGAGUUUACUAGUUAUUUUUUAGAUGCUGUGGAUACCAAUAAUGUAUUCUGAUACAAUAUCUUUA